AUGCACUUUAAAUUUACGUUGUCCCUUGAGCGUUUCGAAAAGGUCAUUCCAAUUCUUUCGAAGCGCCCUAAAACCCAAGGUAUCCCUAAAGACAUCUCUAAUCCCGUUCCUGCACCAAUCCUCUCUUCGAAUUCUUUGCCAGUCCAUCUCGUCUCUGCAAGCAAUAAACCAGGUCUCGAAGAAUUCUCCACUGGUUUUCCUUCCGCAGGGUACCCUUGGAGUGCAUCCCCUGCCCGCGAAGCUUCCGACAUCGCUCAGGUAGCUUUGCCUUUGGUACAGGCUUUUACGGGUGUAAUUCCACUUGUCGGUGCUCCGAUGAAAGCGGCUAUUGGCGGAUUAUUGGGAAUCCUUCAAGUUGUAAAUACAUGCGAUCAGAACAAGGCGGCCUUAGAUGAUCUGACAUCGAGACUCCAUCGACUAUACUACCAUUUGUGCAACGCCCCACCUGCCCUGGAUCCUCUUGAACAUUCCCGGAGAGACAUCUUAGCUAGGAAGCUGCAAGACACCUCAACCCGCCUGAAAAAGUUGCAUAAACGUCGUCUCGCGUACACAUCUGUCACACAAGCUAUCACCGGAUGCUCAACUGACAUCGACCGUUAUCUGAUGGAGUGUUUGUGGUCGUCUCAAAUGCAAAGUCAACGCGAAACACACGAAUUGUUUAUAAUUUCGCGGAGGCGGCAAGAGGGUCCUCAGAAUAUCGAACAGUCCUUUGCGAGAGCAUCUGCAUCACAUUUAACCGGAACCGUCGCGCUUGGCUGCGUGACUUUGGUAGAUGCAACAGGCCACAACCAUGCAAUAUCACUGAACCUCUGCGCCUCAUUUCAGCAAUUCAAUAACAUGCUCCGAGUUCUGUUUGAACGCGGUGCGAAAGAAGCACAAAUUCAAAGACGGUAUAUAGAAGAAGGAAAGUAUGAUUUGUGCGUUGACGAGGGCACGCAAGUAACUCCACUUACAAGCGACAAAUGGUCAAGCAUUGAACCAGGCACGACGAUUGUGAUGAGGGUUACCAUCCAACAGAAAACGAGAUCAAGCAUUGAAGUUGACUACCGAUGUCAUUUUUGUGGCGCUGUGAAUCGCCUUGACGCCAAGUCUGUGAAAUAUCGUUCUGGAGGGCGGACUGUUUGCUCGACUGAUUGUCGAGAAUGCAAACGACGCUUCCAGAUCACCCGUGACCAACAUAAGUGGAGCACACGAUCAUCUCACAGUGACUUCAAUCACAUGACUAACGCAGAAACACUCCUCGUUCGCAACUUUCAUGUCGAGCAAAUUCCUGUGCGUGAUCUCGUGUUUCGACGUUCUUAG